GUCCCCUCGGUGUCCCCCCGGUGUCCCCGCGGUGUCCCCGCGGUGCGGCCGCCCCGCCGCGCCCGGCGCUGUCCGUGGUGCUGAUGGCCCCGACGGGGCGGGAGGCGGCGCGGGACCGGCCGGGGGGCGGCCGCAUGAUCCGCAUGGCACAUGACACGGAAAGGCGCUGGGCAGCGGCCACCCCUGCCAAACGUCAUUUUUUCCUCCGGUGAAGAAGAGGGGUAGAAUACCCCGUCCCUCCCCUCAAGCGGCUUUGCAAGCAGCCAGGCAGAGGUAGCUGCAGACCUGGAGGUACCCCGGGGUUCCCAGUAUGACCGGCACCUUCCCAGACGUGGCUUCACUUGGGAUAACCAGCAGAGCAAGGAGGAGACCAGCGGCUUUGGGAUUAUGCUUUGGAGCAGCCUGAGCAAAAGACGUGGCCGAGUUUGCUCGCAGCAUGGAUAACAGCAGUUGUCCUGUUCUUCCCUUUACCUUGCUCCUGCUGCAGAACACGAGCAACCCCAAAGCCUCCACUCCUUGUGCUGGCUACGAAAUGGCAGAACCCCCAGCUCCAGGCGCCAGCUCCAGCAGGAACCACUCUCUGGUAGAGUACGGGCUGAGGCCGGGGGAAAUUGCAGCUGCCAGCGUGGUUUGGGGAGCGCUGUGGCUGAUUUCUGUCUUGGGAAACUUCCUCGUUUGCUUAGUGAUCCACAGGAGCAGGAGGACACAGUCCACCACCAACUAUUUCGUGGUGUCCAUGGCCUGUGCAGACCUUGUGAGCAGCGUGGGGAGCGCGCCCUUCCUGCUGCUGCAGCUGAGCUCCGGGCGGUGGAUGCUGGGCAGCGGGGUGUGCCGGCUGGUGAGGUACAUCCAGUACCUCACGCCCGGGGUCCAGAUCUACGUGCUCUUCUCCAUAGGUGUGGAUCGAUUCUACACUAUUGUCUACCCCUUGAGCUUCAAAGUGUCCAGGGGGAAAGCCAAAAAAAUGAUUUUGGCCUCUUGGCUCUGUGGUGCUCUGUUUGCAUCACCAGCCUGUUUUCUCUAUGGCUCCGACAGUGACCACCACUGCAACUUCUUCCUCCCCGAUUCUUGGCAAGGAGCUGCCUACAGUGUCAUCCACCUCCUGGUGGUGUUUUUGAUCCCAUCACUCCUUAUAAUCCUUUUUUACCAGAAAAUCAUUAAGUACAUUUGGAGAAUAGGCACAGAUGGAAUGACUGUCAGGAGAACAACAAAUAUUGUUCCAAGAACAAAAGUGAAAACCAUCAAGAUGUUCUUAAUGUUAAACUCGAUGUUUCUCCUGUCCUGGCUCCCUUUCUUCACAGUACAGUUGUGGCACCCACAGGAAACAGACUACAGAAAGAGCUCCUUGCUUUUCCUGGCUGUCACCUGGAUCUCUUUCAGUUCCUCAGCCUCUAAGCCAACCCUCUACUCCAUCUAUAAUGCAAACUUCAGAAGAGGGAUGAAAGAAACUUUUUGCAUGUCUGCCAUGAAAUGCUACAGAAGCAAUGCAUACACCAUCACCACCAGUUCGAGGAUGGCAAAAAAAAAUCAUGUUGGUAUUGUAGAUAUUCCAGCUACAGCCAAAAGUGUCACCAAAGACUCCACCUAUGAUGCUUUUAACAGAGAAGCCAAGGAAAGAAAGCUUGCCUGGCCUAUUCCAUCCAAUCCCCCAAAUACGUUUGUCUAGUGGGCUUCAUUGUUUUGUAAAGUUACUCUGUAUCCCCAGAAGAAGGACUUUUCUCUCCCUUUUGAACCAAUGUACAGUUAUGUAUUUUUAACACAGCUUUUAGGGGGGGGGAAAGAAGAGAUGUUUUAUUUUAUUAAAUGCCUUGGGUUUGA